AUGGCAUCCCGUGCGACCGUCACUGUACGCGGUGCCGACGGCAGCGCCGGCGGAGCUUCGCUCCCUCUGCCUGCUGUCCUUACGGCACCCAUCCGCCCGGACAUUGUCCAUCUGACCGUCAAGAACAUGGCCAAGAACAAGAGGCAGCCAUACGCCGUUGCAACCAAUGCCGGCCACCAGACCAGUGCCGAGUCGUGGGGUACCGGUCGUGCCGUUGCACGUAUCCCACGUGUUGGCGGUGGUGGUACACACCGUUCCGGACAGGCUGCAUUCGGUAACAUGGUCCGUGGAGGUCACAUGUUUGCACCGACCAAACUCUGGAGGCGCUGGUUUGUCAAGACCAACCGCAACCAGAAGCGUUACGCUACGGCGUCUGCUCUCGCAGCGACCGCAGUGCCAUCGCUGGUCCUUGCGCGUGGUCACCGCAUCGAGGAGAUCGCUGAGGUCCCACUCGUCAUCCCUUCCGAGGCCGAGUCAUUCACCAAGACGAAGGAGGCCGUCACCCUGCUCAAGGGCCUCAACGCCUACACUGAUGUCAUCAAGGUGUCCAACUCGCGCAAGAUUCGGGCUGGCGUUGGCAAGAUCCGCAACCGUCGCCACACCCAGCGCCGUGGUCCCCUUGUGAUCUACAACGAGGACAAGGGCAUCGUCAAGGCUUUCCGCAACAUUCCCGGUGUCGAGCUCGCCUCUGUUCACCGCCUUAACCUGCUCCAGCUUGCCCCUGGUGGCCACAUUGGUCGCUUCUGCAUCUGGACCGAGGAUGCGUUCAAGCAGCUUGACAGCAUCUUUGGCACUCACGACAAGCCUUCUGAGGGCAAGAAGGGCUUCACGCUCCCCACUGCCAAGAUUAGCAACGUCGACGUCACGCGUAUCAUCAACUCGGACGAGAUCCAGUCUGUAGUGCGCGCCGCCGGCCCGAACAAGACCAAGAGGCCGUUCACCCAGAAGAAGAACCCGCUGCGCAACCGGGCGAUCAUGAACAGGCUCAACCCGUACGCCCAGGCUCACCGGCGGAUGGAGGUCAGGCAGCAGAAGCAGAGGGCUGCUGGCAAGCUCAAGAAGGACACUAAGAGCCAGAGGAACGUUGCCUCCAAGCAGUUCCUCGAGUUGCUCCACGCUCCUUAA